AUGUCACUAACGGAACAAGAUUCCCGGUGCCCUCUCGUCGUAGAAAGCCUUGUCACAGUUGAAAUUAUUAAAGACGUUUUCACUCCCGAUGGGUUAGCAUGUGACUGGAUUACCAAUAAAAUAUACUGGACUGAUAGUGAAACUAAUAACAUUGAGGUUGCCACUAUAGAAGGAAAGUACAGAAAAGUAUUAUUUUGGGCUGAUAUUGAUCAACCACGUGCCAUAGCUCUUGUUCCUAAGAAAGGUUUUAUGUUCUGGACCGAUUGGGGUGAAUCACCAAAAAUUGAGAGAGCUAGUAUGGAUGGAAAUCCACAGACCAGGAGAGUAAUAGUUUCUGAAAAUAUAUUUUGGCCAAACGGACUCACCAUCGACUAUAAAACAGAAACUGUGUUUUGGGUGGAUGGCCAUUUGAAAUUCAUAUCCAAAAUGGACUAUGAAGGAAAAAAUUUAAAAAUGGUUUUAGAUAGAGGAUUUGACUAUCCUUAUGCUUUAACACAAUUUGAAACUAAACUAUUUUGGACAGAUUGGAAAACUGAGGCUAUUCAUUAUUUUGAAAUGUCUGGUCAGCAGCAGCAUCCUCUUGAUUUAUUAUCUGCUCAACAUCCAAUGGAUAUUCGUGUAUGGGAUCAACAACACCAACCAAAACAGAGCCACCCUUGCCAAAUCAACAAUGGGGGAUGUUCUCAUUUAUGCCUCAUUUCUCAAGAUGUCUCUCAAUUCACUUGUGCUUGUCCAAUAGGAAUAAAGUUACAGAACAGCACAACUUGUUUCGACGGACCGCAAGAAUUGCUUUUAUUAGCUAAAAGGACUGAAAUUUGCGUCAUUUAUUUGGAUUCACCAGAAUAUAGCAUCAAAUCUAUACCUCUUGGGGAUGUGAAAUAUUCUAUAGCAGUAGAUUUUGAUCCAAUUGAAAACUUCAUUUACUGGUCUGAUGAUGAGGUGAAAAAAAUACAACGAGCUAAACUGGAUGGUACCAACCAACAAGAUGUGAUACAGACAGAAAUACAAGAUCCGGAUGGUAUAGCUUUGGAUUGGAUAUCUCGUAAUAUUUACUGGACAGAUGCAGGUUCAAAUAGGAUAGAAAUUGCAAGACUUUCUGGAGGGUAUCGUAAAGUCAUUGUAAUGGAUAAACUACUUGAUCCUAGAGGAAUUGCUGUCGCAUCUGAAUUGGGCUGGCUCUUCUGGUCCGAUUGGAAUGAAAAGGAUCCAAAAGUUGAAAGGUCUAAUUUGGAUGGAUCGGAAAGGAUUCAGAUAGUUACUGAAAAAAUAGGAUGGCCAAAUGGUCUCACCCUGGAUAUAGAAAAUUCUAAAAUUUAUUGGGGUGAUGCAAAAACUGAUAAAAUUGAAUAUUCAAAUAUGGAUGGAACUGAUAGACGAGAACUUAUAAAUGAUAAUGUGCCACACGUUUUUGGAUUCAGUUUAAUGGAUAACUAUAUAUUUUGGACUGAUUGGCUAAGACGAGCUAUAGACAGAGCAAAUAAGGACACAGGAAGCAACAGAGAAGUUAUUGUAGAUCAAAUGGAAAAUGUGAUGGGAAUCAAAGCUAUAAAACUAGGAAUUCAACAUGGACAAAAUCCGUGUACAAGAAAUAAUGGUGACUGUUCCCAACUUUGUCUUUAUAGGCACAAUAAGACAAAAGUUUGUGCUUGUCAAAUUGAUUAUGAAUUACUCGGAGAUGGAAGAACCUGUGUUAUACCAGAAGCUUUUUUAUUGUUCACUAAGAAGGGUUAUAUUGGACGAAUUGGUAUUGAAAAUCAUAAUUAUGAAGAAAUAAUUCCAAUAGCUGGUAUAAAGCAAGCAAGUUCGAUUGACUUUGAUACAAAUACAAUGCGUAUCUAUUGGAGUGACAGUAAACUUCGCACAAUAAUGAGAGCUUUUGUUAAUGGAUCAGAUGCACAAAAAGUUAUUGAAGCUGGUUUGUCAGCGCCAGAAGGAAUAGCCGUUGAUUGGUUAGGCUUGAAUAUAUAUUGGACUGAUCCUGUGUCUCACCGCAUUGAGGUAUCUAGAUUGACAGGAACAAGCCGAAGAACCUUAUUGUGGGAUGAAGCUUAUGAACCUCAUAGUAUUGUUUUGGAUCCAAUGGCAGGUUAUAUGUAUUGGAGCGAGUUGGGAUCCAUAAGAAAAGCUACCAUGGACGGAAAGCAUCAAAAAAUUCUAGUAACAACAACAGAUUUGGCAACUAGCCUAACUUUGGACUAUGAUAGAAGGAGAUUGUAUUGGACAGAAAGGAAUCCCCCUGUUAUUAAAUCUGUAGAUCUAGAUGGAAAUGAUCAAACUGUAAUUUUUAGUAAAGAAAUGCGUGAACCUAUUGCGCUUACUCUUUAUAAAGAUUUUAUUUACUGGGCUGAUAACAAAACAGCGCGGGUAAAGUACCUCAUAGACCGUAUGCUCACUUGGAACCCUCAUUACCAUAAACCGAAAAACACUAACCAGUGUGCCACCAGCAAUGGUGGUUGUUCACAUUUGUGUUUAGCAUUACCUAAAAAUAUGGGAAAUCAUGUAGGAUACACUUGUGCUUGUCCAAAUCAUUACACAUUAAAUGGCAACGAUUGUGAACCUCCAGACAGGUUUAUGAUUUAUAGCUCGAGAAGUCUAGUGGUGAGACUAGUUCCUGACACAUCAGACUGUCCGGAGGCUGUCCUACCAAUUCAGGGGUUGAAGGCUCUGAAAGCAAUUGAUUAUGAUCCAAAAUCUGAUUUCAUUUACUGGAUCGAGGGGAAAUUCCAUUCUAUAAGAAAAUCUGAGGCUACUGAACAAACAUCAGAAUCUAGCAGACAAAAAUUCGAUAAUAUAAUUGUACCAAGUCAUAAAGAUUAUUUACCCUAUGAUUUAGCAGUGGACACUAUCGGAAGGUUAUUGUUUUGGACUUGUUCCUUGAAUGAUGUUAUAAAUAUAACGCGAUUGGAUAAUUCAAAUGAAUUUGGCAUUUUGAAGAGGAAGGAAGGAGAAAAACCCCGUCUCCUUGCCUUGCAUGUGGAUAAAAGGUUACUGUUUUACACUGAUGUUGGCAAAACACCUCAAUUAAUUCGAACAAGAAUGGAUGGCUCUCACCGAAUAGUAAUAGCUAAAGCUGAUAAUAUAACUGCCAUAGCUGUUGACACGGAAAAUGAUGUAGUUGUAUGGGCUCAAGGCCACAGUAUUUAUAUUAGUAAUAUUGACGGAGAAAAUCAGCAUGUUUUACUGAACGAGAGUAAUUCCAAAAUUAUCCAGCUUGCAGUCCACCUGGGGUGGCUCUAUUGGAUAGAUAAAGAACUGGAUCAGCUUCAAAGAUUAGAAAUUCUCUCGGGGAAGUCACGAUCAACUCUUCCAAUACAUGCAUCCCACAUCAUUGAUCUGAUUUCUGUGCAAAAUCCCCUCGAUAAUAUUUGCAAUAUUAGCCAUCAACAGAAGUGCUCCCAUUUCUGUUUGCACAAUGGAACUUCAUACACUUGUGCAUGCCCUCACGGAAAAACAUUGCAAAAAGAUAAAAGAAAUUGUCAGAUACCACCAGAUUGUGGUAAUGAUCGUUUUACUUGUAAUGUGGCAAGAGAGUGUAUACCUAUUGCUUGGAAGUGUGAUCGGCAAAAAGAUUGCGCAGAUGGAUCUGAUGAGUUAGAUUGCCCAAAAUGUUUACCUAAUCAAUUUCGUUGUCAAGAUGGACAAUGCAUCAACAAAGAAAACUACUGUGAUAAUAUUAUUCAUUGUAUAGACGAAUCUGAUGAGAAAAAUUGUUGUGAAAAUGGAUUUCAGUGUCCUCAGACAGAGGUGUGUUUACCUUUAACACUUGUCUGUGAUGGAAAUGAAAAUUGUGCUGACGGUUCUGAUGAAAAAGACUGUAAAAUAUUUGCAAGUUCGAGCCAGUCAGUUGCACAUACUGUUAUAUUUUCGGUCACAGGAGUUGUUACUGUUUUCGCUUUGGUUUUUCUUUUAUUUUUAAGGAAAAGAUGUUUGCUCCAAGAAGAGACUAAUGCCGAUCAUUCACAGGAUUGUUUAAAUCCUAUGUAUGCCAACUCUGACAUUGCAAAAUAUCAGAAAGGGAUACCUGAUGUAGUGCGAAUGUCAAUGUUGAAUAAUGAUAGUGGGUGCCCUUCUACAUUCGAUCGCAGGCACGUUACUGGCGCCUCCAGUAGUUCAAACACUAAUGGUUCUAGUACAAUAGGUUACCCUCGUGAGACGCUAAACCCGCCUCCAAGUCCAGUAACAACAGCUGCUUCAACUAGAGGUAGCAGCAGCCCAUCUUCCCGUUACCGACCAUAUCGCCAUUAUCGUUCCAUUAAUCAACCGCCACCACCAACUCCUUGCUCGACUGAUAUAUGUGAUGAGAGUGACACCAACUAUCCCACUCAAAUUCGAUAUGAUGGAGGGCCAAUGCCGCCCCCACCAACACCAAGAUCUCAAUGUAACCAAGAGAGUUGUCCUCCCUCUCCGAGUUCAAGAUCUUCAACUUAUUUCAGCCCUCUUCCACCACCUCCAUCUCCAGUAACAUCCCCUAAGGGCGGUUAUGAUUCAUGACGAUAGUGAUGUAACAAAUAGAGAUUUCCUAUUGAAAUUAAUGACUCAUAUGAAAUUCUUUCUCUAGUUGAGAAGUGCAGAUUUUUAUACCAAUGAAUAAAUUGAUAUUUUUGUUGUACUUAUAAAAAAUAAUGAAUAAAAUCAUUCAUUAUAUUGUUA